UGCGGCGCUGGCCGCAGGGUGUGAGUUCAAUGGGCAGCGCGGAGGGAUGCGCAGGGGCCCGUCGCGGCCCGGCUGCUGCCUGCGCUCGGGGACUCGCUUCUGCUGCCAUCUCACGGCGUCCCCCGCCGCCGCCCUCAGCCCGGGCUUCAUCUUUGGCCUUUCAAAUGGACAUUAAGUGACACUGAAUGUUAGCUGCAAGAAUUUUAUAAGUACUGCAUCAGCUGGGAUGUUGCGACAGAACGGUGGAAGUAACAAGCGUGGUUUGGGAUUAGCCCGACUGUCUACAUCCAAUUUCUUCACCAUCUCCAAUUCAGGAAACUGGGGAAUGGGGCGCAGCGGCAAGAGCAACUCUCUGAGCAGUAUUAGCUCCAACUCUGAUUGCUAUGACAGUCCUGUUGUGGAUCCAGAAUACAUCAUGCAGUUGGUGAAUGAUGUCAGAAAAUUUGCAGAUGUGCUACUCUAUUUGAAAGAAGCCAUUCUUUCAGAAGAAAAUGAAGGCUGUCUGCAUCAUGUUGUUCAUGAACGUUUAGGGGAGCUGCUGCGUGUCCUAAAGGCAGUGAUAAAUAAACAUCACACUCUCAAUUCAGUUGACAUUCUUAGUGCUGCAGGAACAGUCAUCGCAAAGGUGAAAGCUGUGAACUUCAAAGAAGUGAAUGAAGAAAACAAGAGAGAACUCUUCAGUGAAAUAUUUUCGUCUAUUGACACAUUGGCAUUCACCUUUGGAAACGUUGUUUCAGACUUCCUUAUGGGAGAUGUAGACAAUGGUUCUUCACUGGGACUUCCUGUAUCUCGUAGAAGUCGGUCUUUUGAAAACCUUUCCGUGGAGUCUGUGGGAUCACUACAUGAACGGGAAGAUGUUCAAGAUACAGGACAUCUUCGGGCUGAAGAGGUCGAUAGCAUGCUCCUAAGAAAUGACAGCGGAAUUGAAUCAGCUCUGUCUUAUGCUAAAGCUUGGUCAAAAUAUGCCAAGGAUGUAGUCAUAUGGAUAGAAAAAAAACUUAGCCUGGAAGUGGAAUGUGCUAAAAACUUAGCAAAAAUGGCUGAAACUGCAAAAGCUAUUGUUGGACCCCAGGAUUACAUGCCAUUCCAAUCUAUAUUCAUAAACGCUUUUCAAAAUGAUAUUGAGAACAGUCAGCUUUGGCAAAAAACAGCAGCUGCUCUCCAGACUAACAAAUUUGUGCAGCCUCUUGUAGGAAGAAAAAAUGAGUUGGAUAAACAAAGGAAAGAUAUCAAGGAACUUUGGCAGCGAGAACAGAAGAAAAUGCAAGAACUGGAAGCUACUCUAAGAAAAGCAAAGCUACUGUACCUGCAACGUCAAGAGGAGUAUGAAAAGGCAAAAUCUUCCACCAUUCGAGCUGAGGAAGAACAUCUGAGCACAAGCAGCAGUCUUGUGAAAGAUGUCAGCAAACAGUUGGAGAAAAAGCGAAAGCUAGAAGAGGAGGCUCUUCAGAAAGCUGAAGAGGCCUGUGAACACUACAAGGCCAGCAUGGCAGAAGUUGAAGAAAAGCGAAAUGAUCUGGAAAGCUUCAAGAGUGAUACCUUAACACAGCUUCGGGAACUUGUUUUUCAGUGUGAUCUUACUCUUAAAGCUGCAACAGUUAACCUGUUCCAAAUGCAGCAUGCCCAGGUUGUAUCUCUUCCAGUUAACUGUCAGACCCUCUGUGAGAACGCCAAGCUCUAUGACCCAGGACAGCAGUAUUUGGAGUUUGUGAAAAGUUUGCCAAAAGAAGACAUUCCCAUUGAAUCAGGUUCUUUUGAAAUUCAGAGUUCCGAGGUUGAUGGGGCUUUUAGUAAACAACCAACAAACAGUGCCCAUACAUCACAUGGAAACUUAUCCCAGUGUUCAGGAGACUUUCCCACCCAGUCUUUAGAAGAUGGAAGCCCAUCUUAUCGUCGUUUCCAAAAAAUUGGGGAGAAGAGGUCUUCCAGCAGCACAGAUAUCCAAGCAGUGCGAGGACCCCCGCCAUUCAGAUCGUGGUCAGUUGGCAACCAAAGUGGAGGAAUGUGCAGUGACUCUGAAAGUGCAGGAGGAAGCAGUGAAUCACGAUCCAUGGACUCUCCAUCUGCUAGUCCAGCGGAUUUUAAGAGAAGGCUUCCCCGAACACCAUCUACUGGCACUAUGUCAUCUGCAGAUGAUCUUGAUGAAAGGGAACCACCUUCUCCUUCAGACUGUGGUUUAAAUGAUUUAACGUCUGAAAUUGCCAGUUCACCGGGACCUUUUAGAAACACUCUUCUGUCCAAGGCAGCUCAAACACACAAGCUGCGAAAGUUGAGGGCUCCAUCUAAAUGCAGAGAAUGUGACAGCCUAGUGGUAUUCCAUGGAGCAGAAUGCGAGGAGUGCUCACUCACUUGCCACAAGAAAUGUUUAGAGACUUUAGCUAUUCAGUGUGGGCACAAAAAACUGCAUGGAAGACUUCAUUUGUUUGGGGUGGAAUUUGCUCAAGCUGCUAAAAAUGUCCCUGGUGGCAUCCCUUUCAUCAUCAAAAAAUGUACCUCUGAAAUUGAAAGCAGAGCCCUGAAUGUAAAGGGUAUCUAUCGUGUGAAUGGAGCCAAAUCAAGAGUUGAAAAGCUUUGUCAAGCUUUUGAAAAUGGAAAGGACUUGGUGGAACUGUCAGAGCUCUAUGCACAUGACAUCAGUAACGUCCUUAAAUUAUACCUUCGUCAGCUUCCAGAACCUUUGAUUUUGUUUCGGCUUUACAACGAAUUCAUUGGACUUGCGAAAGAGAGUCAGAAUGUUAAUGAGGAACUGGACAUGAAACAGACUAGCCCCAGAUCAAAGAAAAGACAGUCAGUUUGUAUUGAACUGAACAGAAUAAUCAUCAAAAUGAAAGAUCUCCUCAAACAGCUGCCUAUACCAAACUAUAACACUCUUCAAUACCUUAUAGGACAUCUUCAUAGAGUGACUGAACAAUCUGAUGAAAAUAAAAUGUCAGCUAGCAAUCUUGGCAUAAUAUUUGGCCCAACUCUAAUCAGGCCACGACAGACAGAUGCCGCAGUUUCACUCUCUUCGCUUGUGGACUAUCCAUAUCAAGCUCGGGUGGUAGAGCUGCUCAUAACUUACUAUGAAAAGAUCUUUGAUGUUUUGCUGCAGCCACUCUCAACUGCAAUUCAGUCUGAAGAAAAUGCUGCUCCAUUUAAAACUGCUUCAUCAACAGGAGAGAGCGAGCCACAGCAGCAAAGGAAGUCAUUUAUUGCUGUAAAGGAAGGCAUCCUGCUAAUUCCAAGUGAGAGUAAAGCUUCAGAAACUGCUUCAUCAUUUGAGCAACUAGAUGACAGCAAGAACACAAGAGAGAGAUCAGAUGCAUCUGUGACUGAACGUAUCUCACUGCCACUCACUGGAACUAAAGAGGAGGACUUUGGCAAGAGGAAUUCUCCAUCAGAACCCCCAGCUACCACAGUUCUGGAUAUUAAUAUUCUUACUCCAAAAGCGCCAGGCAAUACUCUGACUCCAGUUUCAGACAAAGACAAUGAACUCUCUCUUGCUCUAGCUGAAGAUGGCUGUAAAGUCAAUAAUUUGCUACCUAUAAAACCUAGUCGCCAAAUAACCAAAGUCCAGUUACGAUCUCCAAGGACAAAGCCAGUUAUUCGUCCUGUGAGUUUACCUGUAGAUCGAAUGCUUCCUCCAUGUGUUUUGAAUGAGAGAAACUCAGGAAAUGUAGCAGUUUUAAGUCCAGAAAAGCUUGGCAGGAGUCCUACCAUUGAAGAGGUUUCAGAGACUAAGGCACUUCCUGCUGUUAAUGCCUGUUGCAGACUUUCUUGUUACGACACACAGACUCUGAGGAAAACUUGGGACAAGCAGUAUAAACAGUAUGAUAUGACUCCAAGGACAGCAAUGAUUAUGACCAAUAUACCCCAAGAGAACCGAGCACAUGAGAGUGGAAGUGCAUCUGCCUUAUCUUCAUCCUACAGCGUUGGUAACAAUUCAGUGAAUGCCAUACUUCCCAAUAAGCCAUGCACUGUACCUGUCAGAUCUGUGAGGAUGACAACAGAAGGGAAUGGUCCAGAAUCUCAUCCUCUUGCUGCUUUCAGACCACCAAGAACUUUGCAGCCACCACCAGGAACUUUUUAUAAACCACCUUCUAAUAACAAAGCCAAGCAAAAUGAGGAGGGUUCUGUUCCUAAUGCUUGUGCGGCAGCCAGUGCUAGCUCUGUUCUUGCCCAAGAUAACACUGUGAAACUGAUAAGGAACUCUGCACUUGUAUCAGGUGCUCCUGGACAGCAUGCAAAUCAACAAAAAAUGAGCUCAGAGGACCUUCAUCCUGUAGACCUGAAGCCCACCUAUAAGAGACUAAGACCAAAACGUAUGCAAGAAUUAGAACACAGGGAAGCUCAUUUUGUAUAGGGCAGCAAAUACUUCUUGGAAUGUUAAUACAAUUUACUGAUCUUGUCAAUAUAGAUUUUUUUUUCCUCCCCCCAUUGAGGAUCCCACUUUUGUGCCAUACUGGAAAUAUAUAUAUACACAUGACAGCAUUUUAAAAGUGGGGGAGGAAACUGUGAAGGAAAAAUGAAGUUGAAUUUUUUUAAUUCAGUACAUUUUCAUAAAGGUCUAUUUAAUUAAAUGCAUUCCCAGUGUAGCUAGAGCUAUAGAAGGUGCACUUGGUAAGACACUGAGCUUCAAUUCCCUGGGUGAAAUGAAUUAUUUAUAGCAAGAAAUUAUUGCUCUUGUGUGCAGCAAUGGAAGGAGCCAUUUUUUUCAAUAUAAAUUUGUACUAAAGAUGGAGAGUUUGAUGCUCAACUGUUUAAGCAUAAACCAAAGCUUGUGCUUUGCUCUGUAAAGCUUCUGUUCAGUUUUCCAGUCUUUGCAAUUAAAGCUUUGCUCCUGAAUAGAUUACAUACUGGCCAACAUGGCCUAUAAUUGUGUAUUAUAUAUGUAUAUUUUAUGCCAAUAUGUUCAUCUGUUGCCAGUUUUCAAUGUUGUCACUUUAAUGUUAUUUGUACAGAAAGAUGCACUUACUGAGCUGUAGUAGUGAAAACCAGAAAUGACUUCAUAUCCAGUUACAGGUAGUAUAACUUAGUGAGUGGAUCAAAUACACACAGCCUAGCUAGUUCAGAUGACCUUCGGGUGAGUACCCCUGGCAGUGGUGCUGUUGUUCCUGGUUACAAAAUAGCCAGUGCUUUCCCGUGCUGUAGGUCAGUUUCACUUCUUGCCUAAUGUAACUGAAAUGAAGAGUAUAGUUUUGCCAUAUGGUGAAAUAGGUGAAAAUAACAAAAAUAUAUAUAUAUCCGCAUUAGUAGGUGCAUCUAUUGGUUUUUCACUUUGUAUUAAAUGUUUUAUAUGUACACUGCUAUAUUUGCUUAAAAAAUAUAUUAACUUGUUAACAUUUUGCUGACUCCAUGGUUUCUGUAAUAUUUUGCUUUCUUCUAAAUUAUUAAAAUACAGACUUGGUCUUUGCUAGGGUUUAGUACUGAAAUACUUUCAUGUUUCAGUUUGAAAGAGGAGUCAUUUUUGUUCCUGCUUUAAGAAACUAAAGGUCUCAUCAAACUUCCCUUCCUGAAAACAAAACAAACAAAAACCCAGAUGCUGCAGUCAGUGGCUAUACCCCGAACUUAGUUUCUGGAACAGAAAUGUUUGAUUCACAAAGCUGAACUUCCAAUUUCCCAGGGAAGCAUUUGCAAAACUAUGACACCUCUGGGCAGUUCUGAGAUGGUCAGAAUUAUUUCUUUCAUUUGAGCACAUGGCUUACAGUAGAGCAAUUUAUAUGAGAACCUGGCUAGUAGCAAAUUCUGUCUGAUUCUGGCAGCAGUAGGCAGGUCAAAAAUGACAAGUUACGGGAGGUUGAAGAUUUCUUCUUGAGAUGUGAGAACAGGUUCCACUUCAAGAAAGAAUAAGCUUGAUCUGUGGGCAAAAAUAGUAGGUAUUCUUGAAAAGACUAUGGGCAAAGUGGUGGACAUGGCAUAGAGCUAGUCAGAGGAUGGUUAUAAUACUACUUGCAAAAUCUCCAGUAGACAAAAUAGAGUGUUUAAAUUUAAAUGUAAUCAUUAAAUCUUUCCUCUGCCCCAUCUGAUUUUUUUUCUUUCGCUUUGGGAAUAGUUUACUAAUCUAUGUAAAACAUCUUAAUGACUUUUGAAAUGCUAAUAGAAACUAUUUUUCAUUAAGUUGUAGUACCAGUUUGGCAAUUACAAUCCAUGGUCAGUCUCGUCUAAUAGAUCAUCUCUGGUAAUAGUCCAUACUAGAUGCUUCUGAGGUGCAAGAUGACCAUAAUGUACAUAACUGUGUAAUAGUAUACCAGGUGGGUCUCCUAACUCUUCUGCCUUUUUUAUUCCCUGAAGCUUGAUCUUUAGUAUUACUAGUCGAUCAUAUCACACCACUCUUUAUACCCCCAAUUCCAAUGCCAUGCUCCCGGCACACACUUCCAUUCUUUUUGAACACAUGAAAUCUGGGCUCUACUACACCCCACCUCAGGAAGGCAUAAAUGAUUAUCUCCAAGUCACUUUAGUGUUCACUUAUGACCUGUUACUUUGAAUCUGGCAGAGUUUUUGCUUUCAAACCCUUUUGCUGAUGUAGAGUUGGUCAAAAAAUUAAAUUAUUUUCACUUAAAGGAAAAAGAACAAUUUGCACUCUGUUUUAAAGGGUUAAAUUGGGUCAUUUUAUAAAUUUUUUUAAAUGUUACUAUUACAUCAAACAUCAAAAAUAUCAGUCUUUUGUUCAAAAGCACAACUUGUAUGGAGAAACACAUUUUGACAAUGUCGAUAGCUUUCAGGGGGUUUUAAGAAAAGGCCAUAUUUCUGUGAAAACUUUUUAAUUUCUAAAUUUCAGCCACAUCUAGAUAUAAAUACUUUCCAGACAUUGCCACUUAUGCAGCCUUAAAAUAUCCUCAGCCAGCUUGGUGGUGUAUCUACCAUAAAACAAAUGGUCACCGAACCAAAGAUAUUGUGUUCCUUUUUAGCAUUGAGUGAGGUUUUAGACCUUGUGAAAAAGAAUCCUUUAAAAACAUAGCUGAAGUUUCUAGCACUCCCCUUAGACAAGAGCUAUGGAAAUGUAAAACACUGGUCAGGAGAGCUGGAAGAAAUACUCAGCUGACAUUCAUUUCUGCAGCAGGAAGCUUAGUGGGGUACUAAAUAUCCACACCCACAUCUCACAUAAAAUGAGUCAUGACAUUUGGGCGGGUGUUCCAAAGAAUCAUCUCUAUCCCCAAACCCUCAGGCUAGCUCUAUGCAGUGGGCUAUUAGAAUGGUGGUUAGGAGUUUAUGUGGGGGGACAGCAUGGCUUAAAAAAAUUAAUGCCCGCUCUCCUUGUCUAAAAUAACUUCAGCCCUCUCAGACUAGCCUGGUUGCUGCUCACUCAGGCAGUUGCGGUACCAUGGGAGAGCACACUAUACUGUACAGUGGCUUCUGUGAGAACUCCCCAAUCAACCCAUUAGGGAAUUGAUGAUUGUAGGGAAACCACCAUUUCCACCCCGCUUUCCCCAGCCUCAAAAACCUAAGGAGACCCAUUCUCUAACUAAUCAACCAGCCCAGCACCAGUGCAGAUUCACAUUGUCAGCCAUGCAAAAGUCAGAGGCCAAAGGUCCCUGUGUUUGCUAGGCCCACUGCUGCUGUUAGGAAAAGUUGACUAAUGGGGAAGCAACACAGAGGAACUUCCAUGAGGUGUGAAAGGGGGAGUCCUAGAGAUGAGGAGAGAUUGGAACAGGACCUGGGGACAGAUGGAUUUGGAGGUAGGGAAGAGUAUAGAACUGAUGGUGGAGGAAAGAAGUACAAUUUCACUGACAGGUGCACAGCGGAUAGCUGAAAAUGGUGAACCUCUUAGACUUGCUGAAAAACUGACUGGGCAAGGCCAGUCUCCUCCUGAAAGAGAGAUCCCUUGAUCUGUGUUCCACUUACCCUAUUGGCCAAAGCUGCUUCAGAUGGUGUUUCAAAAGGGGAGAAAAUUAGGGUCUUUCAGUAUGUGAGAAUGUGGCUGACUCUGUGUACAAGAGAAUAGAUUCAUGUAAGUUGUGGGUGCUCACUAAUGUACUAAAUCCUGAACUGUAACCUUGUCCAGCAAUAAGGGAAAGCCAUUCCUAUUCUCUCCUCUAGUUAGCUAUCCACAAUGCAGGGCUGUCUAGUUUCCAAAAAAGAAGUGCAUGGUGUCUAUGAAAUGUAUGGGGCUCCCACAGCAUAACUGAUGAAUGCUAGGUACAGUUUCCACUCCAAGUGCGUUAGUUAUAUUUCUUCCUGACAAAAUAUGGAGAACUAUUUCUCUAUAUCCUCCAUAUUGCCAGAAAGUGAAGAGUCCACCCAAA